AGCAGGAGCCAUGGUGGGCAUCGGGGCCAUGAUUGCCGCUGCACUUUUGAAGGAGGUGGUGCAGCAGAUUGGUUCGUUGGUGGGAGGUCAGAUCAAGCUGCAGCUCAACUUGGACAAGGACCUCAAGGAGAUGAAGGCUACCCUCGAGUCCAUUGAGGCGCUUCUCAAGGACGCUGAGCACGCCAACACCAACAAUUCCAUGCGUUUGUGGCUCAAUCGUCUCAAGGACGCCAUGUAUGGCAUCUCCGACAUGAUUGAUGAUUUUGAAGUGGGAACUGAGGCUGAGCCAACACGCAAGCUCUCCAUCAAGAAACAUCUAGCAGUUAUGAUGCCUUGUUUCACAAUCGGGCCCAAGUUCACAAUGGCUAACAAGAUGAAGACUAUGAGAGAGGAACUGCAAGGGAUCACAGACCAAUACCAGAAAUUCAUGUUAGUGCCGGCAACUAAUGCCGAUGAACCGAAUCUGAUACAAAUGCGUGAAACAUCAUCAACCAUGGAGGCAUCAGUCAUUGGGAGGACCGAAGAGGAAAAUAAAAUAUGGGUUUCUUUAUCUGAGAGCAUAAUAGAAGAACUCAUUGUCCUUGCUAUACACGGCAUUGGAGGCCUUGGCAAGACAACCUUGGCGAAAAUGAUUUACAAUAAUAAAACAAAAUUUGAAGACUAUGUCCGGGUAUGGAUUUAUGUGUCCGAGACAUUUGAUUUGAACAAAAUUGGCAAUUCUUUAAUAAGUCAAUUGUCAGAGAAUGAGAGUCUGUACACUGAAAAGCAUAUGAUACACAGAUCACUUGCAAAGCUACUCGCCAAUAAGAAGAUUCUUAUUAUUCUAGAUGAUUUGUGGGCGGAGGAUGAUUCCCAAUUGGAUAGUCUAAUUGCCAUGCUUAAGGCUGGAAUGGGUAGCAAGGUGGUUGUUAUAGCAACCACACGCAAUGAGGUGAUUGCAAGGAAAAUUUCGGCCAUUCAUAGUCAAACAAAAAAAUUGACCAUUCCCCCGCAUGAGCUAGCAUCACUGACGGAUGAGAUGUGCUGGACUAUAAUUAAAGAAAAAAGUGGGUUUAAAUCUAGAGAUGACAAAGAACAGUUGAAGCAUAUAGGGGAAGCCAUUGCAGCGAAGUGUGCGGGUGUGGCUUUAGCAGCUCAAUCAGUUGGACCCAUUUUGGAAACUAUGAGUUAUAAUCAGUGGAAGAAAGUGAGAGACAGUGAUAUCUGGAAAGUAUCUACUUCUUCUUCAGACCCAAAAGAUAAAGCUGCAACACCAGUGCUUGCAUCCUUGAGGUUAAGCUAUACUUUUAUGCCUCGCUAUUUGAAGCUCUGCUUUGCCUAUUGGGCAAUCUUUCCAAAAGGAUGCAAGAUAUCUAAAGGUGAUCUAAUUCACCAGUGGAUUUCUCUUUCUUUUAUUGGGGCAACACUAACAUUCACCGCUUGGGAGCUCGGCGAGAUGUACAUUACUCAGCUUUUGAAGCUUUCCUUCCUUGAACAUUCGAAGAUUGCAAGAUUCCGCCAUGGCCCUGCCGAUGUUACAGGGUUCACCAUGCACGACUUGGUGCAUGAUCUAGCAAGGUCGGUGAUGGAUGACGAAAUUCUUCUCGCUGGCAAUGAUGGCAACAUUGUGGGAAACCGCUGCCACUAUGCACUGCUCAAUGAUUGUAGCAAGCUAUUGGACUCACCGAGGAUAAGGGCACUCCGUUUUAUGGGUUCGGCUGAAAUUCGACAUGAUGAUGCUGCAUUUGCCACUACUAAAUCCCUGCGUGUGUUGGACUUGAGCGAGUGCUUCAUCCAUGAAUUGACAGACUCAAUUGGCCGAUUGAAGCAGCUGAGGUAUCUUAAUGCUCCAAGAGUACGAAAUGAAGUUAUUCCGGAUAGUAUCACUAGGCUGUCAAAAUUGCUUUAUCUCAGUCUUCGAGAAUCUUCUCUAUCUGCACUGCCAGAGUCAAUCGGAGAAAUGGAGGGUCUGAUUUAUCUUGAUUUGUCACACUGUAGGAGCAUUAAAGUACUGCCAGAAUCAUUCGGGAAGCUAAAAAAAUUGGUCCAUCUUGAUUUGUCAGAAUGCUCUGCUUUGGAAAAUAUAUGGAACUUUAUGUGGAGCCUCAAGGACCUGCAAUAUCUGAACUUGUCUUACUUGUAUCGUAGCGGACCGCUACCAGAAUCUCUAGAUGACCUUUCUUGUCUACAAUACUUAAAUCUAAGUUACUGCUUUCGACAAGGUGAAAAUCGGAUGGACUGUAUCAGUGCCCUUUCCAAACUGGAGCAUUUGGACUUGUCUCGUAAUAAUGGUAUUACUUCUCUACCAGAAAGUUUUUAUAACCUGAAAAGGCUGCACACACUGGACCUCUCGUGCUGCAUGAACAUUCAGAUGAUACCAGAAAGUAUAUGUAGAAUUGAUAGUUUGAAGACGCUAUAUUUAGAGUCCUGCUAUAGUCUUGUUGAAAUACCUGCAUCUCAUCCUAGUACCAGUUUUGUAUCAUUACCACUUUUUCAGGUGUGCGUUAGAGAAGGUGAAUCAAGCAGUAAUCUUGUCUGCUUAAAGGACACGAAUCCUGAGGAGCUGCAUAUAGUCUGGCUUGAAAAUGUGAAGUCUGCAGAAGAGGCUCAUAGUAUAAAGUUGAUGGAAAAAAACAAUCUCAAAAAAUUGAAAUUGUCGUGGACUGACGGUGCUGACAGGUUUGUGGAUGAUAAAGUGUUGUUGGAGAAACUAGUGCCACCGAGAAGUUUAGACGACUUGGUGAUAGAUGGUUAUAAUGGCGUCAGCUUGCCAACAUGGGUCAGCCAACAGAAUUUGGUGACACUAACCGGUAUGGAACAUCUAGAAGAGUUGAGUGUGUCAGACUCCGGUGGCAUGUCUGCUUGGUUGAUCAUACAUGAUUGCCCCAAGUUGAGGAUGGGGCCACUUCUUCCUAGAGCACUUGACAGAUUGGAGAUAAGAAGGAGUGAUAAUGUGCUUUCAUCAUGGGGUGAGUGUAAAAUGUCAGGCACCGGUGCUUCCUCCUCCUCCUCUUCUUCUUCAUCUUCUUCCGUAUUAACUACUAUAACUAUUCUGCGGGUAAGAGACAGUGCGCUGCCCAUGCAGCAGUGGAGACUGCUUCGCCACCUUUCUGGCAUCUAUGCUUUAAGUAUCCAUAGUUGUGCUGACCUGACUGUCUCCCCUGACAUCAUCCUACAUCUGUCCUCUCUCACUGUUCUGCGAAUAGAGAGGUGCAACAUCUCAUCAUUGCCGCAUUGGGUCAUGGACUUAACCGGUCUCGAGGACCUUUUCAUCCGAGAUUGUGAAGGCAUCAGGUCUUUGCCGGACGGCAUACAACAACUCACCAAGCUCCAAUUACUUGAGAUUGACGAAUGCCCUGAUUUGAAGCAGUGGUGCAAAUCGGAGGAGAACAAGACGAAGCUCGCUCACAUAGAAAUUGUUAAGGUAUUUCGUUGAAGCAAGUACAGAGAGAAGUUUCUAUCUAGGAUUGCACAAAAGGUUCCAGCCCUGAAGAGGAAAACUGAUGCUCCUACUUUCCACCCUCAUUGUUUGGUUCUGUUCUCAUUGCACAUUUGCA